AUGAUCCUGAAAAAAGCCGGGCUUCGGCGGCCGCCCUCGCUGCUGCUGCCGCUGCUGCUCCUUCGGCGCCAGGCUGCUCCGAGCUCGGGAGCCCUCCCCUGCGGACGCCCCGGCAAGGACGCGGCCACCUCUCCGGAGCCGGCGGCGCGCCAAGGCGCAGCGCCUUUCCGCAGCGCCGGGGGAGGCAUGAGGCUGCUCUGGGGGCUCGGCGUGCUGCUCGCUUGCUUCGGAGCCGGAGAGCCCGCAGGGAGGAAGGAGCGCGGGAGGGUCCGCGGAGCCCACGCCACGGAUGGCAGGACCCGGCAGCCGUGGGAUGAGCUGACCUGCCACUGGACCAUCGCACCGAAGAUCCUGCAGGGCGACCGGACCCUCAGCUUGGAGGAGGCGGCACUGGGGCAGAACGGAUUCCCGGCUCAUCUGCAGAUUGCGCUGGAGGUGGAGGGAGAUCACUUUCUUGUGGAUCUGGAACGGAACUGGGAGCUGCUGGCGGGUGCCCGGGGACUGGCAUAUUAUCUUCCCAAUGGAACCAAGGCGAUGCAUCAGACCAGACCAGAGGGGAAUUGCUGUUAUCGGGGUAGUAUCCAGGGAUUUCUUGACUCUUGGGCCAAUAUCUGCAUUUGCUCAGGUCUAAGUGGUCUCCUGGUUGUGUCCAGGGACCGAAGCUACAGCCUUGAGUCUCAUGUCAGGGGGAACACGACGGAUCACAGAGCCUACAGACUUCAUGCGGUCAGACACGGCACAGGAGAAUGCAGGCCAGUUUCUCUGUCCCAUGGACAGCUUCAUCCACAGCCAGAUCAACCUCUGCUACGUAGGGGUAAACGGCAGGCGGAAUCCGAACACAGAUACGUGGAACUGGUGAUGGUGGCUGACCGUGCCGAGUUCCAGCUGAAUUUCAACCUUGACCAGAUCCAGAUACGGAUGCUGGAGAUCGCCAGCCAUAUGGACGGGUUUUACCGUCCGCUGGGCCUUCGGGUGGCGCUCGUGGGCUAUGAAGUCUGGAACAAGCAAGACCAGGUGUCGGUGGAAGGGCCUCCUCACGCCGUGCUGGAGCGCUUUCUGCGCUGGAGGCAGCAGGCGCUCCUACCGGAGGUUCCGCACGACAGCGCCCAACUUAUCACGGGCUCCCCAUUAACUGGUGGCGCAACAGGGGCGUCCACUCACGCUUCCAUCUGCUCCAAGCGCUCGGGGGGGCUCAGCAUGGACCACUCAGUCAGCCCUCUGGUCAUGGCCUCCACCCUCUCCCACCAACUAGGCCAUAACCUGGGACUCAGUCACGACGGUGCCGGUUGCGGGUGCGAUGGGUCCAGCCCCAACCUCUCUCCCAGCCGCAACUGCAUCAUGGAGCCACCGGGGUUGAUGCCCGGGUUGAGGUUUAGUCACUGCAGCCACCGGCAGCUCCAAGACAUCCUCCAGAGCAGCCGGGUGUGGUGUCUCCAGGACGUGCCUGAGCCAACCCGCCUGAUCAGGCCCCGCUGCGGGAACCACCUUGUGGAAUCGGGGGAAGGAUGCGACUGCGGUCUCCGGGAGGAGUGUGCAGAUCCGUGUUGUAAUGCAACCUCGUGCCAACUGAUGCCCGGAGCUCAGUGUGCCACUGGGGGAGCCUGUUGCCAUGAAUGCAAGCUGCGAGGGGCCGGUUUUGUCUGCCGCGGGGUGCAGAACGAGUGCGACCUCCCCGAAUUCUGUGACGGCGUCUCCCCGCGCUGCCCCCCCAGCGUCCACAAACAGGACGGGACGCCCUGUGCGGAAGGCAGAGCCAUUUGCUACGGAGGGGCCUGCCCCACCUACUUGGCUCAGUGCCGGGAACUUUGGGGCCCAGGUUCGGUCCCUGUCUCCGAGGCGUGCAUGGCUUCUCUGAAUGGCAGGGGGGAUCUGGAAGGCCACUGUGGGCAGCUUCCCAAUGGCUCCUAUGUUCCUUGUGCUCAGAGGAAUGCCCAGUGUGGACAGUUGCAGUGCCAAGGGGGCAGCGCCAACCUUACGAAGCAGAACAAGAUAGGGAUGUCGCCCGCCUGCCCACAUAACACCCCGUCUCCUGUGGAUGACAUUCUGGACCUGGCCAUGGUGUUGCCGGGCACAGCUUGUGGGCCGGACAAGUUCUGCAUUGAUCAACGGUGCCAGGAUCUCCCUGCGCUGAAGUUUCCCGUCUGCCUUUGCAACGGGCAUGGGGUGUGCAACAACAAAGGCAACUGCCACUGCCAGCCGGGUUGGGCGCCCCCGGACUGCCGGAGCAGCGGGCGAGGGGGCAGCAUUGACGGUGGCUCGCCUGCCACGGAGCGAGGCAGCGCCACCUCGACGGCCCUGAUCCUCAGCAGCCUCCUCCUUGUCCUGCUUCUCAUCCUCGGGCUCUAUUGCGCCAAGCGCAUCGGUCUGCACAAACGCCUCUGCCAGUUUGGCAAGGGCACGAGCUGCCAGUACAGUGCGGAGACGGAGUCCCGGGUGCGAUUCCUCCACCCGUCUGAACAGAGAGGGAUCACCCAGCCCGAACCCCGAAGUUACAGCCGGCCCCCUCCGGACCGGCCCCAACCCCCCCAGUGGAGGCAGAGCACUGAACUUCAGCUGAUGCCGAGCACGAAGCCCGCCCCCCUUGGCGACGCGCGGCCCGAUCCUCCGUCCAAGCCGCUUCCUCCUGAUCCGAUUCCCAAGGGUCAACAGGCUGUGGCCGUGGACAGGCCAGCGCCUCCUAUGCGCCCGCUGCCUGCCGACCCUAUUCCCAAAGCUGCACAGGCCCCUGGUCCCGCCAAGCCCCCGCCACCCCGGAAACCGCUCCCUUCCGACCCGCCCCGGACAGAACCGUCUGCUGUGCCUAUUUACGAUCCUCAGGUCCUGAUGCUGCCGGCCCGGCCGCCUCCUCCUCCUCCUCCCCCCACGUCAGCCGGUCUCCCAGCCCACGUCCAAGAAGUCUAAGCCGGCCUCCACAGCCCUGAGGACGUGAAACCGUCUGGGCUUGCCUGCCCCGCGAGCCAAGACGGGCCGUGGAAGACUCCGACGCUAGCUCGUGCUUGGUGCUUGCUCUCCAGGCUUCGGCGGUGGGCUCAGCGGAGGCCUGUCAGCAUCCUCGGCGAGGACUGAGGCUGCCUGUUCCGCAACGCUGAGGGAGUCGCGUCGUGGACUCUGCCCGAGCACCACCACUUGGCCGAGAGCCUCCACCCUGCUGUGGUUUCAGAAUCUGGGAGCGAGGAACUGUGGGGAAGAGGGGGGGGGAAGUCUUUGCACUGGGAACACAGGGGGGCACGAUCCCUCAAUAAAGCUGCGAAUGUGUGUGAGAGAGAGAGUGAGUGAAUGUCUGCAGUGGUGUGUGCCUUUACUGGGAUCUGAGUGCGAGUUCGAGGGCCGGCGUUCCCUAACGGAGCCCUGCCCGCUUCAGUCCUAAACAGGAAUUUGCCUGAACUUUAAAGUACAGGGCAGCUUUCUUCUUAAUAAUCUGCAGCCAUUUCAAUAAAAA